AUAGAUGAUAAUCCUAUAUAUAUGCACAGUUACCUGAGCAUUAGCCAGAUAAUUCCCUUUAGGGCAAUAUCCUUGCUGACCUGUGACACAGAGCGGAGGGGGCUUGGCAUAGUUUGGCAUGGUGCAGCUCCACCACAGCUCCAUUGUGGUCCUCAGAGGCUUAGUUGGUGGUAGAACAUUCCUGGUGUAAAAAGGAUGCAAUAAUCAUUAAACUACCUCGAGGGAGAGAUCUUCUUUUUGGAUUUAAGAGAGGUCAACCCAUCUCUCGACCGGCUCCUUUUAAACAUUUGAAAUAAGAUUGUGCCCGUGUUUUUCUCUCCUCCCCGAUUGUCCCCCGCUGAAGGUCCCAUCUGCAGCACCUGUGUCUCCGCUUUUGGUGCACGGCCAGUGACCAUCUUCAGUAGCUUCAUGGUUGCAGGAGGCCUGAUGAUGAGCAGCUUUGCUCCCAAUAUCUACUUUCUGUUUUGUUCCUAUGGAAUUAUUGUUGGACUUGGAUGUGGCUUAUUGUACACAGCUACCAUCACAAUCACGUGCCAGUACUUUGACAAACGUAGAGGCUUUGCACUGGGUCUCAUUUCCACAGGCUCCAGCAUUGGCCUUUUCAUCUAUGCUGCCUUACAGAAAGAGCUGAUUGAACUGUAUGGGUUGGAUGGCUGCCUGCUGAUCACUGGGGCUCUCUCUCUAAACAUCCUACCUUGUGGCAGCCUGAUGAGGCCUCUGCCGGUGGUCCAGAAGCCCGAUCCGGAGAAGGUUCCGGAUCAAUACCUCCUUUAUCUCAAAAAAGAGAAGGCCUCCCAUGAAGAACACGCCACCACACCCGAGAAGGCCCAGAGUGAGGGGAAAGGGGAGAACCAGGGGCCACUCAGCAACCACCAAGCGAACGGACUCCCAGUUCACAGCCAGCUGCUCUUGGCCGCCUCAAGAGAGGCAGACAGCUACCCGAAGAAAGUGGCAGAACAAACUUACCUGUGCAAACAACUGGCUAAGCAGAAAUGGGGCCUGUAUUUGAAGUACUGGGAGGACACCCUGAGCCUUUUUCAAAACAAAGUCUUUUCUGCCCUCUUCCUUGCCAUCUUCCUCUUCGACGUUGGCAGCUUCCCUCCUUCCUUGCUCAUGGAGGACGUGGCGAGGAGCUCAAAUAUCACGGAGGGGGACAGCGUCGUCCCUCUGAUCUCCAUCAUCGGCAUUAUGACUGCUGUGGGGAAGCUGGCCCUGGGCGCCUUGGCGGAUGUAGACUGGAUCAACGCUUUGUAUCUCUACGUCCUGACGUUGAUCUUGAUGGCGGGAGCCCUGGUGUUAAUCCCCUUUGCCCAGAGCUACAGCACUCUGGCAAUCCUUUCGGGGGUUUUAGGGUUCCUGGCGGGAAACUGGUCGAUUUUCCCUUAUGUCACAACCCAGACAGUGGGGAUCGAGAAACUGACCCACGCCUAUGGCAUAUUGAUGUUUUUCGCUGGGCUUGGGAACAGCCUUGGACCCCCAGUCGUAGGUUGGUUUUAUGACUGGACUGCUUGUUAUGACGUGGCUUUCUACUUCAGUGGCCUGUGUGUGCUCUCCGGAGGACUUCUCCUCCUGGUGGCUGUGCUUCCCUGUUGGCCUGGGACAAACCCUACCGUUGGCCCAAACUCCUAUUCCUCCACAGCUGCCUCCCGAGUGUAAAGGGAAUAGUUGCUGCUGUUUUUAUACCGAGACUUUUAGUAACUUUUGCAUCUAUUUAUAAAGGUUUUUAAGACACUUUUGAUACUUCUUUCCAAACACUUGGACCUUGGAGCCAAAACAUCAAGUCCUGGCCGUGGCAGCUUAAGUUCCAACAACACGCCGAGGCCUUCUGCUUUGCCAUUGCCCAUCAUUAGCCACACGCUGCUUGUGCCUAGGAGUGACAAUGCCGGAUUGUAACUGACCAAGAGACUUUGAAGGUGUGGUGAAGCUGAGCUCUUGAGAUGGAGCUUCUCUUGGCGAGCAUCCCACGAGGCUGAGUGUGCAAGCCGGGGCAAGUGUGCAAAUCGUUGGGAUCUAGAACCGGUAUAUUCAGCCUCCUGAAUGAGGUUCUUCUUCUCAUUCACCUUGUAUCAUUACUACAGUUUUGCUAGGUAUUUUCUGGUGCAACCGAUGUAUUUUAUACUCAUUGACAUGUAAUAUUUGUACUUAAUUUUGUCCAAGUUGGCACAGUACUUCUUCCCUCUUUAGGAAUCUUAAUAAUAUCGCUUGGUAAGGGGUGGUGGAGGAAAUACACCACCCUGAGUGUUGUGAAAGUGACCGAAGAUCCUGUUUUCUCUGAGGAAUCUGGUGAGUUGCCAAAAGAUUCCAUGAUCUAUGAAAUAAACAGCACAAGAAUGUAGCAUUUAAUACCAAUGAAGAUGUUGGAUGGCGAAAAAAAAGGUUACUGCAUCUUGCAUUAGGAACUGUUAAAAUGAUUCAACUGAAAUCUAUAAAGCCAAGGAAUAAAUACAAUUUAUUAAAGAAACCACCAAUUGCAGAACUGAAA